AUGCCAAAUGCAGCACCCUUCUUUUGUUCUCAGUUCUGCGUGGCCCUAAUUAUGGACAUUUAUUCCUCGCUAUCAGGAUCGGAUCAAAAAUUGGAUUACCGUCUUUUAUUGGUCACAUUAAAUGAUGACGUGCUGAAUACAAUCAAGAAAGGUUCUGAAAAACUAUAUAUUAAGUCAAAGGCCAAAGAUCAUGGAUAUCCAGUGAUAACAACGGAAAGUAAAACAUUCAAGAUUCGAUUACAGAACCAGUCGAAUUCUGUAAUUCUUUUAAAUUCCGAUAAUAUCGAUGACAAGCCAUGUGCGCUAAGCUACGACAAAUUUGUAUCUCGAUUAAUUCUCGAAGACGUUGAUCCUCAAGUGCCAACAGCAAAAUUAGAGACAAUUAGUGAGACUGAGGAUUUUUCAAGAUUGACUGAUUAUACCGUUGAAGGAUCUGAUGAUGGAUACACGCUUAAGGAUCUGUUAGACGACUCAACGGCGUCACCUGAAGAGUUCAAGAAAUUGGUUCCAUUACAUCAGAUCAUUGAGUAUAAGGGUAAUUGCUAUGUGGUUGAAGAUAAAUUGGUGACAGAAUGCCUUGAAAAAAUGUUAGAGCUGCUGAUUAAGUCGAUCAUCUCGUCAGGCUAUGAGUUGGAAGUGAUGGAAAAAUUGGAACAGAUCGAGUUGGAACGGGCUAAAAAUGAGAUAUGGGUGCCUGAGUUAAGUCGAGAAAAUAUCCCUGAACAGGUGAUUGAUUUAUGCAUAGAGAAGUUCAUUUCACAAGGUAAGCUGAAUCACGAUCGCGUGGUACACCAAUUUGGAUUGGAAAUCCUUAUCAAGAGAAAAGAGUUGAAAAUGGACGAUUUCAUGAUCAAUUUAAAACUUCGCAUGCCGUUUAACUACUCUCCAGAAAUCAACCUAAAGAGAUCUAUGCGGGGUAGCUUCUUUACGUACAGUGACAAUUCAGUGAUAAGCUAUUUAGACGAGAAUUUACUCAGCUUGGAGCCACUACGAAGGUUUCAGCAAUUGUUUGCAUUGAAGCCUGUUUGGGAAGUGGACGAAAUAGAACCAUUUGUCCAGAAAAUUAACAGGAGAAAUACCAAAAUAGAAAAGUUCCUCAUCAAAUAUUGCAAAGUGAAAAGAGCAGGAAAGAAGCAUCUUGCUAGUCCUAGAUAA